CCGGCCGGCGGCACUUCCGGGGCGGUGCCGGAAGCGGCGGUGGCUGUGGAGGGGCCGCCAUGGUGUGCGACAAGUGCGAGAAGAAGCUUGGAACAGUGAUCACUCCUGAUACAUGGAAAGAUGGUGCAAGAAACACUACAGAAAGCGGUGGUCGCAAAUUAAAUGAAAACAAGGCACUGACCUCAAAGAAGGCAAGGUUUGACCCUUAUGGAAAGAACAAAUUUGCAAUAUGUCGGAUUUGUAAGAGUUCUGUCCAUCAGCCAGGGUCCCACUAUUGUCAAGGAUGUGCCUAUAAAAAAGCUUUGCCUGGUGGAAGAGAUCAGGAAGCCUUGCCAUCUCAGCGGGUACGGCGAGGGAAUUCGCUCUUCGAUUUCCUUUGGCUAUCGGGCCAGGCAAAUCAGUAUGUGAUCUUACAUACAUUAUGAAAAAGAGUUGCUCUUGGUGGGAGACAGCAUAGAUUAAGUUUGAAAGCAACUCAAGGAGAUGUUGAUUUGAGACCUCCUUCAAUAAAGCAUUUUCUGCUCUAGCUACCACCCCUGCAACGUACACUGAAUCCGUGACCAAAUUAAAUAAUUCGGGAAACCUCACAAAGGCCCUAACAACAGCAGCCAACUCAGCUAUUUGAGGAGAACCCUCAACAUAUUCAACAUCUGUCUCCCACUCCUGAGUUUGAGGAUCUUUCCAAGUCAUCACUGACUUCAGGGAUCCUCCAGAUGCAUCUGUGAAAACAGGGCAUUGAGUGGUCUCCUGCUCGUUUUCUCUUUAGGAAUUAAACAGAAUUUGUAAUUAAACAAUUUGUAAGCAGGGGCGUGGACUGAAACCUCUCCCAUGUAACUGUGUAGAGCAGUCUGGAGUGUCUCAUUCUCCCUUAACAACUGCUCAAACAUUUCUUUUGUCAGCCUCUGGAAAUGUUUAAUCUUCAGAGAGGUUGAUCAGUAAGUGAAAGCAUGAGAAAUCACAUCUGGCCAGUUCCCGAAGCCUUGCCCUAGCUUUCCUGACCAGCUGAGCAACCAAUUCCUGCGGCUUUUGUAAUACUUCUGGAGCGCUGGUGACUGAGGAAGACCCAUUCUGUGAUUAAGAGAGGGUCCCUCUGGUCCUGGUCCCAUUGAAACAACAGCCCAUGGAGGUGUAGCAACUUCCCCAACACAAUGAAUUUGAAUGGUAGAUCUGGUUUACACUGAUGUGCUUGUCUCUCGGAUAGUGGUUUUCCCAUAGUUUCUGAGUUCCUUGCCUCUGGGGUCAGUGACCUUGGGGAACUAAGCCCCUCUCCCCCCUUCAAUAGAUUGAAGAUCGGGGCUAGGUCUUCAGUGGUAAUGUCUAGCCAAGGUCUGACCGAGUUCAAAAUCCCACACAGGGAAUGGAGAUCACUGGGAAGACCAUUGUUCCUCAAAAAUUGGUCUUUAACAGUGAUCCCAAAACUCUGGUCGAUCUCCAUUCCCAUCAUUGGGAUCCGGGGUGAAUCCCCAAGGGCUGGAAAGCUGUGAGGCGUGGCAGACCAACGUUACUCAUGUUCCCAACUUCGGUAGAUUAAACUAUGUGCAUGUCUCCAUAGACACCUUUUCUGGAGCAGUCUAUGCCAUGUUGGGCACCAGCUGAUGCAGUGCUGGAGUGCCAGGCUAGCUCACCACCACCAAGGCACCACGCCAAGUGUGGGGAACAGCUCCCGAAUUAAGCAGCAGGAGCUGAACCUUAGAGCUGCUGCUCUACAGCACGUUAAGCUGUCAGCACAUGGAAGAGGCAAAGGAUGAGGAGGAGGCUCUCUCUAUGGGUUCCAGUAAUGGGUCUAUUCUCUGAAGGGAUCAGGGACAAAGACCUCUGUGCUCAGGAUUAACUACAGGGAGGUUUCAGGGGCUGGGUAUAAAUUUUUAACCAAUGGGGGACAAACAGGCAAGGAGCACAAGGUGGGGUUUACAAGACAGGAACCAAUAAGGAUAAGGGGGAGGAGAGGACAGGUCACAUGGGCCAAUGGGGCCUCCAGGAUUUGGGGAUUUCCAGAGGGGUGGUACAAUCAGGGAUUGGCCCAACUGGGGAUUGACAGGGAAGGGUGUGGAAGAAGGGGUACAGUUACAGUGAUAGGCAGGGAAGGUUCAGAAUAAGGGGUUGGGUUGCAAUGUUGGGCAGCAUGGGGGAGGAUACAACUUGGGUGCAAACCAACUCUGGGGAACAUCAGAACAAGCCAUUAACUGUACAACCAUAAAUUAACAAACUAUUAAACACAUGCCACAACACUUCAGGAUUUGAUCUUUGUCUGUUUGUGUAUCCUUCCAGGUUGAACGUGUUAUAAAAUUAAGUUCAUAACAUUAAGAACUUUCUAAGUGCUUUAGGUGCUUUCUCUGACCAUCAAAUAUAUCAUUAAGGCAUACUUCUUGAAGCAGAUGCAGUCAUACAGCUCAGUGCUUCAGUUGUUGCAUAUCUCUGAAAUUGAGAAGCACUCUCAAGUUAAUUAAUCCUCAGUUUAGACCUGAAGUCAGUAUUUACUGGGCUGAAUUUUGGUCUCCAGAGUAAAUGAUGUGGCAUGUUCCUUGCUGUUCUCUUCCCUAAUGGACUUCUAGACACAUGUCCAGUCAUGAUGUCAAUAUAUGAAAGCACACAAUUUGGAGAAAGCAGGAGUAGAUGCAUGUUUUUGUCUAUUGCUGAAUGUUUGUGUAAAUUGAGUUGUGGUCCUACCAAAUAAAAGGCUUAGCACCUUUCUGCUUUGAAAGGAGAGAAAACGAUUGAGACAACCUCUGCCAAACUUGUAUACAUUUUGGUGCUCUGGUCUUUUGACUUGACACUCUCAGAGUUUAGGACAAAGUCCUGUGGGACAUCAGUGUUCAUCAUUCAGCUCUUAAGUAUUCCUGGUGUUCGUUGUUUUUCGCUCCUGCUCUAUAAAUACCUUAAUUCUAUGAAAAUGUAUUCUAAACUUUCUCAGUAAUACCCCAUAUAGCAGUCAGUUUGUUGGUGACAGUAUUUUCUUAGCCCUGCUACUUUCUGUCCAUCUCAGGCUUGUUUGGCUACAGGACUUAUAACAAUUAACAAUACACCAAUUUUACCUUUUUGUCAGAAGUGAGCCUUUUCUGGCUUUCUUCAGGCAUUCCAGCCAUUUACAGAGGCUUUCUUGCAGUAUUGUGAAUGAUAAUGCUCUCAAAAUAGAGCUUAUUUUCCUUAGUGGGAGGAUUGCA